AUGGCAGGCAGAAACGCAGCCGAGGAUGAAUCCAACUCGGUGCUUAGCAACGACGACGGCGAAUCGAGUGGCGGCGGUGAUACGACACAACGGGAUGGCCCCGCGGCUGCAGGGCACAAGAGAAAAAGGCAAAAGCACCAGAAAACAUCUUGUGAGUUGUGCAAGGCCAGAAAGGUCAAGUGCGACAGAGCCGAGCCUGCGUGUUCCUGGUGCGCUCGGCACGACCGGCCCUGCGUUUAUCUCGCAAGACAGAAGCCAGGCAGCCGCAUUGGCUUUGCUCUCGAACUGGAAACCAAGAUCAACAGAGUCGACGCUCUCCUCCAGACUCUUUGGCGACGGGUUGAGGAUCAUAUUGCUAAUGAUCACGGGCCCCAGUCGCAUACUCUCGCGACAGCUGUGAGCAGCGGAAACGGCAGCAACCCGGCUCAGCUCGAUGGUUACGGCCACGGGACCCCUGGAACCAUCCGGCAUGACCUUUCAAGAGGAGCUUCAGUCACCCAGCCAGCAGCCCUUGCGAGACCACCCUGGCUCAGCGGUGACGCUCCUGAAACCCUUCAACAGCAAUCUUCCUCAGUAGAUUUCGCUACAAGAAACGCCUCGCUGCCCAAUCACGACGAAUCCUUUACACCGGCGUCGCGCUUACGUCCUGGGCGCAAUGGGUCGACGGGGCUUGGGCUUUCUGCAGGGAGCGACCUACCUCCGCAGGACAUGAUUUACACUCUUGUUGACCUUUACUUCAAGCAUUGCAAUACUUGGUGUCCAAUUCUUGAUCGAAAGACAACGUUUGGGAUCUUUUUCGGCUCAACUUCAAUGAGUGAAGUCGAUCGAAUACUUCUGCACGCAAUCAUGGCAACCACGCUGCGCUUUCUGAAGGACUCACGAUUGUCCCCAGAAAUGCGAGCACACUACCACGCGGUUUCGAGGCAUGCCGUCAUGAUUUACGCAAUGGAACAUGUCAGCAUAGAGGCGCAACGUGCCCUCGUCAUUCUCGCCCUUGAUGAACUGGGCACGUCAACCGGUCCACGCGGCUGGAACAUGUUGUCAAUACUGGCUCAGAACGUACGGCAACUGCACCUUGGCGAAGAAAGCAGCCUGCAUCUAUCUGCAGACGAAAGCGAGCUGCCAAGCGCCGGACCCGUCCGGAAAGUUGCAAUACCCCAGCCAGACUCGUGGAUAGAGGAUGAAGGCCGCCGGCGACUGUGCUGGAUGGUCUACCUCCUUGAUCGGUACGCAACGAUUGCAACAACAACGUUUGACUUUAUGCUUGACGAUGGGAAAAUGAACAGGGUCUUGCCGUGUUCAUACGACUUGUUCUCCAGAAAUGUUCCAGUGGAAACUAGUGUGUUGGAUCAGACGACAGGUCAACAAGGCGCGACGGGAUACGCCGUGAAUAAACCUGAAAAUCUAGGUAGCUUUUCCUACCAUUGCCAGAUACUCAGGACGAUGAGCAAGGUGCACGACUUUUUAAAAGCUCCCGUCGACGUCACGUGCUCGGCAGGAAUGGCUCGUUGGCGAGGUACAUAUCGAUCCCUCGAUGCCGCGCUCAACAGUUGGCUGCAAAGCUUGCCGAGCGAGUACAGCAGGAUCUCGGCCCUUUGCCACUCGGACCCUGCCAGCCGGGUAGCGAACUGGUUCAUGUUGCACAGUGCCUACGUUACCGCGGUUGUGCGCCUGCAUUCAUCGGCGGCGUACCCAAGCGUCAGAUCACCGAUAUCUGCUCCCUCGCACUACGCCAUGCAGAGAUGCCUUUCCGCAGUCCAAAGCUUGCGAGAUAUAACGCAAGAUGUGUUUGAGGCCAACGGUCUGGAUCUUGUCGGCCCGCCGUUUGCGUUCUCCUUGUGGACAGCAGCUCGGUUAUUGAUUGUUCACGCGGCCACGAUGGGCGGUCCUGUGGAUGCCAAAAUCGACUUCUUCAUCGAAAUCUUGGGUCACGUGGGGAAAUACUGGCAAGUGGCCAUCAGCUACGCUAGGAUUCUGGCAAGAGUUGUGCAAAGAGCGCGCCGGGGAGAAAUGGGCUUGGGGGCCAUGAGAAGGAAUGCCCAUGAGCUGGUCCAGAUGGCAUCGGCCACCAGAAGGUCGGGGUUGGAUGACACGGCGUCGCAGUCUGUGCGUCUCCGGGAGCUGGACAGCGUUGACGUCUUUGACUUUUUCCACUAUCCCACGAUUUCGAUCCCGGCACCGAAACCGACGACGCAGAACGGCCGACAGGUCCCGCAUCACCCGCAGGGACUGGUGACCCUCGGGAGCGAUGAAUGGAGUGAUGGGGCGGUUCCGGACCCGGCCUCUGACUGGCUAGGCUGUUGA